UGUGAUGCUGCACAACUCGAGCUCACUCCUCAGGUGGAUUCCGACCGACGUGCACGCGCGCAUCAUGAAAAUAAUGUACCGGUGAUCGGCGCCGAGCACUUCUUUGCAAACGCUGUGGGCAAUUUCAUUCGAAAUGAGGCCGAUUUUUGUGCUGUUUGUGGUGUCCGUGGUGGCGUGUGCUGCUUGGGAAUCGAGGGAGGACGCCCUUGUGGACGACAUCAUCGUCGACUGCACCAAGAAGGCCGACCUCAGCUGCAUCAGCGGCAACGCGGAAAAGUACUUCCUCGGGACCUUCGAGAGCGACAAAUCCAACUGGGACGUGACGGACGACGUCGGCUUCAAACGCAACGAGCAGCAAGUUUCGCCGCGUCAGAGCCGCGUGCUCGGCGAGGAGUCGCUUUACGAGAGGGCCAAGCAGUACGUGGAGACGCACGACUUCACCCUGGCGCUGCCCGAAACCAUCUUCAACGGUGCCGUGCUCAGGGUCAAGGCUCCUGGACAGGGUGCAACCAAGCGCACCCUUUUCUCGGUGGAGCUAGAGGCGCCGGAGGGUGCAGUUGACGCCGACGACGAAGAGGCAAGCCAGGAGGCGGAAAAGAGAAGCUUGGAGACUGGACGCUUCUUCAUCAAGAAAAUCUUCAGUCAAAAAAUCAAGAAGAAGUUGCUGUUCGGCUUCUUCGCUCUGCUGCUCAUCAUCAAGUUGAUCAAGAUCAAACUUUUCUUCCUGCUGCCUCUGAUUCUGGGCGUGGGCACCGUCAAGAAACUGGCCAUCAAGUUCCUCUUCUUCGUCUUCCCGGCGCUGGCCUCGUUGUUCAAGACGUGCCACCAGCACCACCACCACGGCCCGGUCAAGCAGUACCACAUUCACCACCUGAAGCACCAUGGCGGCGGCCACCACCACCACGACGACUACCACGGACCCCCUGACUACUGGAAGAGGCAGGACGCGUCCGAGUCUCCGGCUGACUAUCUCGUCGACCCGGCUGAACCGUCAAAGUUUUCUUCUUCGUACUCGCAGCCCUCUCCGGUCGCCCAGUCCCCUUACUCGGGCCAUCAGCAGUUGUUCUCCGACGACAGGGAAGAGGAGAGGAAGAAGAGCAAACUAGCGUACGAGCUGGACAUGCAAAAGCGGCUGGCCAGCAUCAACCAGAACAAUGUGCACAGCGCCGUCAGCGUGUUCAGGCCAAACGUGUCGCCGGCGAUGAGAAGAGGCCAGCAGGUGCAAGUUCACAAGAGCAUCGCCUCGGAGGUGGUCGCCUCCACCGAAGAAUACGACCCUUUCUACUCGCCAAUCCUCAGCAGGAUCGACGACAUCUUCAGGGCGAUGGGCCUCGGGGACAGCGUCUCCAAUGUCGAGGUCUGCAGGGAGCUGGCCGUGUGCAAAAUGUACCAGUCGCCGGAAAAGUACGCGCCGAAUAGCAACCUCAUUUCUGCCGAGCUCAGCAGGGAGCCGGAAGAGCUGCAGAAGCCGCAGACGGCCAACGAGGCGGUGCGUCGCUUCUUCGUGUACGUGCAGGCGGCCAAGGAUGGUCAGGACCAGAAGAACUGCGACCAGCAUUACCCAGGGUGCCCCGUAAGCGUGUAGAAAACGGAAAACCGUAAUCACACGCUCGCCGCCAGAUGGGAAUGGAAUUAGCGGCGAUUCGGCCCGGUGUUGCGAUCAUCACGUCGCUUUAAAUAAUAAUAAGAGUGGACUCGAAACGAGACGAGCAACGGACAAGCAAGUGCGUGAUUCAGUUUUGUUCGUGGACGCCUUCAAAUUAGUAAUUUAUUUAUCGUAUAUUUAUUGAAAUGCAUGUGCGCGCGGCCUAGUUCUUUUUUAUUCUGCUUCUACUAGCUCAGGGGAGAGAACUUCCUCUUAAACACUAUUUAUUUCUUUUCUUGUGCAGGAUCCAAAACGGGGCAAGAGGAUUGAAACAGGGCAACAAUUGAAAAUAAUUAAAAUUGUUGGAUGCAGUAAACAAUUUGUUCUAAUCAAAAAAGAACCUUUUUUCAAAGUAAAAUUUAAAAAAUUCAAAUUUUCUCCAAAAUUUGCAGUGCUUGACCACAUUUCCUUGGCAGAUUUUGAUUCCUCUCGUCCAGAUCUGUCCAGAAACCGUUUGGGGAAACCAUAUUUUGUGAAAUAAAAUGAGAAUUCAAAUAAGGAGACAGUUCUAAUAAGGAGACAGCCCCUUUUCAAAAAAAUUUACACUGCUACUUAGGUCAAUUUUGGCUUCAACUGAAUCCUGAGGGAUGAGUUCAUGCAUUACCAACAAGCAUUUUCCAGGAAUUUGCAGUAUCAAUCCUCUUGAAAAAAAAAUCUUGGAAUUUCUGGGACACCGGGCAUUAGUUUUAACUCAAAAUUUGCGGUAGAAGAUGCGAAACAGAAUAUUGCUCAAUCAAACCAAAAUUUUGUCGUAUUUAUUUAUUUAUAUCGGAGAAAAUCACCGUUGUGUAAAUAAUAGCAAGAGAGGAAUUCCAUUAGUAUGUGGCUUAUGGGAUAAACAUUUCCGCGCUCCGCCUCAUUCUACAGAUGGCUCGUCUUUUUCUGCACUCAAGUGGAGCGCAGCAGCACUCACAAACUCCCAGGUGACUUUGCCGAAUGUGUGCUCCUUCUUCUAAAGAAAUAAGAGGAACACUGUCGGUUUCAAUUAGCAACUUUAUGCCGGGAAAGAAAAUUCGCGGAAAAUCCAGGCCAUUGGCUGUGCGCAUUCACGGCGCAGCGAGUGUGUGCAAUGUUUCUUUUGUCACAGUACAGUAAUCCCUCGACGUGAGACACGCUGAUUAUUCAAAUGACCAAGCACUUCCUUCAUGCACCGCAUGCGACAAUCGAGCCAAUGACUCAAAUAUUUAAUAUGCAAAACCGUACGACUGAAAUGAGAAUGGAUGCGUGGAAAUUCUUGUUAUAUGUAAAAAGCUGGUUUGCCAUUAACUUAUUGUUUUCUUAAACGUGUGUUGUAUUGGAUACAAAUAAUAAAAGCAUGACAUUUA